AUGAUACCAACUCCUGAUAUUGGGCACCUUCGUCAACCGAAAUACCGCGACAAUGUGUAUGACCCCGCAGAAGAUACUUUCGCUUUGAUGGAUGCUCUUGAACAGGACAUAGAUACCCUGAAAGCGCUAGACGCGUCUUUAUGUGUGGAGAUUGGCACAGGCAGUGGCUGUGUGUCCGCGUUUGUGUCGCAGAUACUCGGAACAUCAGCAGCCUAUAUAUGUACAGAUAUCAACGCUAGAGCCACGGAAUGUACCAUCGAGACGGGUGCUAGAAACAAAGUUUCCUUGCAGCCAGUUCUGACGUCAUCUGUUGAGGCGUUGCGCCCGCGCGUUGACGGUGCGGUUGACUUGUUGAUAUUCAACCCACCGUACGUAGUCACAACAGAAGAAGAAGAAGAAGCGGGACAGGUACGGGCUGGACUAGAUGGAGCUUGGGCGGGUGGCGCGUCAGGCACGAAAAUUUUGGAUACAUUAAUCCAAAACCACACUAUACCUCAGCUUUUGCGACGCGGUGGACGCUUUUACGUGGUCGCAAUACGACAGAAUGAUCCGCCUUCUCUUGUGCGUGCUAUGCAAAGUAUAGGCCUCGAGGCCAGCAUUGUCUUACAACGACGGGCGAAUCGUGAGCAGCUCUUUAUCAUUCGGGCUAUUCGACCAUGA